AAGAUCACUUUCUCACAACCCUUCACUGUUUUGCUCAGCAGCCAGGCACAUUGGAACAGCUCACUGAUAAAAUUCAAGGAUUUACUGGGAAUAUCCCUGCUUCUCUGUUUUUUUUCUCUCUCUCUCCCUCUCUCUUCUUCUCGCUCUCUCUGUCUGGAGAUACACUGCUGAUGUGUACGGAGAGAGAGAGCUGGAACUGCAUCUUACCAUCAGGACAUAUAGAGCUUGAGAGUGUCAGUCUCUCCAUCAGCAUGAAAAGGCGCAGGAGCGCACAGUGACUGAGGGCUGCCCAUACACCAGGGAUCCGGCUUGUUACCCUCAUCUCUGUGAAGUAGAUCCCUUUUCAUUCAUUCUUAACUGAGGGCUGCAGAUGAAGACGUUGCCUGAACACUGCCACAGGAAGCAUCAAUGAACAAUAUUCCAAACACAUCAUGUCUUGCGAAUGUGGAUCAUUUGUUUUUGUGUUUAUUGAGCAGUAAACACUCGGUUCAGCUGCAAGUAAAUAUCUCUCCCUCCGUGAUGAAUUGGAUGACUGCAAUCUGGAUGUAAGCAGAACCAUCAUUUCAUGUUGUCCCUGCUUCCUGUAACUUGUGUCAAAAUGCCUGAAAGACUUGGGGAAACAUUCAUGGAUGUUUGGACUCCAUUCAUCAUAUUAUGGAUUGCUGUUCUUCCUCAUGUUUAUAUGGCUCCGAGGAAUGAUUCCUAUGUACUUUCGAUUGAUGCCACAAUGGAACUUGAUGGAGUCGCUGAUGAACAUAAAGUGUUAAACAGAUCCAAGAGAGGCUGGGUAUGGAAUCAAAUGUUCGUGUUGGAAGAGUUUUCUGGACCUGAACCAAUACUAGUUGGAAGGCUUCACACGGACCUGGAUCCUGGGAUUAGCAAAAUCAAGUAUAUUCUUUCCGGAGAGGGAGCUGGCACAAUCUUUGUGAUCAAUGACAAGACCGGAGAUAUUCAUGCAAUGAAAAGACUUGAUCGCGAGGAGAAGGCUGAAUACACAUUAACAGCCCAGGCUGUUGAUAGGGAUACAAACAAACCUUUGGAACCCCCUUCAGAAUUUAUAAUUAAAGUUCAGGACAUUAAUGAUAAUGCACCGGAGUUCCUUAAUGGACCAUAUCACGCCACUGUGCCUGAGAUGUCCGUUGUGGGUACAUUUGUCACCAAGGUAACAGCAACUGACGCAGAUGACCCAGUGUACGGAAAUAGUGCUAAAUUGGUUUACAGCAUUUUGGAAGGCCAGCCUUAUUUUUCUAUUGAACCUCAUACAGCAAUCAUUAAGACAGCACUUUCAAACAUGGAUAGAGAAGCAAGAGAGGAAUAUCUUGUUGUCAUUCAAGCCAAGGACAUGGGUGGCCACAUGGGAGGACUCUCCGGAACAACAACUGUUACUGUGACCCUCACUGAUGUUAAUGACAACCCUCCAAAGUUUGCAAUGAGUCAGUAUCAGUUUGUAGUCCCAGAGGACAUUGCUAUUGGUGAUGCACUUGGACGGGUGAAGGCAAAUGAUCGAGAUACUGGAGACAAUGCUAAAUCAGCGUUUGAUAUCAUUGAUGGUGAUGGGAAAGAUAUGUUUGAAAUCGUUACUGAUUCCCAGACACAGGAUGGAGUAAUUCGAUUACGAAAGCCUCUGGACUUCGAGAGCAAAAAAUCCUAUACUCUGAAGGUAGAAGCAGUCAAUGUUUAUAUUGAUCCACAUUUCAUCAGUGGAGUACCGUUCAGAGAUACCGCAACAGUAAAACUUACGGUGGAGGAUGCUGAUGAACCACCUGUGUUCUCAUCACCUACUUAUCUAUUGGAAGUCCAUGAAAAUGCAGCCAUCAAUGGUGUGAUCGGCCAGGUGACAGCUCGAGACCCGGAUGUGACGUCAAGUCCUAUAAGAUUUUCCAUUGACCGACAUACAGAUCUAGAUCGACAAUUUAACAUUAAUGCCGAUGACGGCAAAAUAACUCUGGCAACGGCCCUUGACAGAGAGACCAGCAUGUGGCAUAAUAUCACAGUUGUAGCUACAGAAGCCAGAAACCACAGUCAAAUAUCAAGGGUGCAAGUUGCAAUUAAGGUUCUUGAUGUCAAUGAUAAUGCUCCUGAAUUUGCAACAGAUUAUGAAGCAUUUUUGUGUGAGAAUGGCAAACCUGGGCAAAUUAUUCAGACAGUCAGCGCUAUUGACAAGGAUGACCCAAGAAAUGGCCACUUCUUCUUCUACAGUCUUCUACCUGAAAUGGUCAAUAACCCAAACUUCACCAUCAAAAAUAAUGAAGAUAAUUCCCUCAGUAUCUUGGCUCGGCACAAUGGAUUUAACCGCUUGAAGCAAGAAGUAUACCUCCUACCAAUCAUAAUAAGUGACAGCGGUAACCCUCCAAUGAGCAGCACCAGUACCCUUACUAUACGGGUCUGUGGUUGUAGUAGUGAUGGCAUAGUGCAGUCAUGUAACGCUGAAGCAUAUGUUCUGCCAAUUGGACUCAGCAUGGGAGCACUGAUAGCCAUUUUGGCAUGUAUUGUUCUGCUUCUAGUGAUUGUUGUGCUCUUUGUCACCCUCCGAAGACACAAAAAUGAGCCACUAAUAAUAAAGGAUGACGAAGAUGUUCGUGAAAAUAUAAUACGCUAUGAUGAUGAAGGGGGGGGAGAAGAAGAUACAGAGGCAUUUGAUAUUGCAACUCUGCAAAAUCCUGAUGGAAUUAAUGGAUACUUACCUCGUAAGGAUAUCAAGCCUGAUUUCCAGUUUAUGCCCAGACAAGGUCAUACAUCUACUCCUAAUGGCGUUGACGUGGAUGAAUUUAUUAAUGUAAGGCUGCAUGAGGCUGACAAUGAUCCCACUGCACCUCCUUAUGACUCAAUCCAGAUUUAUGGUUAUGAAGGACGAGGAUCAGUGGCUGGUUCUCUAAGUUCCUUGGAGUCUUCAACAUCAGACUCAGAUCAAAAUUUUGACUACCUCAAUGAUUGGGGUCCUCGUUUUAAAAGACUUGGAGAACUUUACUCAGUUGGAGAAAGUGACAGAGAAACUUGACAAUGAAUCAACACUUUUGCAUCCUGGACUUUACAAAUCUGUAAUAUUUUAGGGUCAUUGUUAGUCAAGACUAAUAUGGCCAACAUGUUUUAGAGACAAUUUAGCACCAGUCAUCUAUAAGAAAAAAUCAAGUACAUUGUAAUGUUGAACCAAAAAUUGUGUACGUUAGGGGGUCAGUCUUGUGGAGUAAAGUUUGUGAAGUAUCUAGAAGUCAAGUCAUUGGAUGUUCAAUAUUCACUUGGACCACCAUGAAGAGUGGAGUUUUGGCAUCUGGGAUGUCUGGAAAACAGAGCACUUACAAAAAGUUUGAACUUCAGGCAAGUGGAUUGUUGCUCUGUGAUAAUGUCUUCUACCAAUAAAGUCUACUGCAACAUUUUGAAAAAAAAUAAAAAAGGAACUAACCACUUUUUACAAAAGCAAUAUUUGGUCUUCUGAUGAAUUUUGAUAACUUACUAAUUCCCAACUGACUUCCACUGUGCGAUGACUAUACAUUGUACAUAUUUGGUGGUCAACAAGCCACCAACUACACAUCGUCCUUACAUGUUUUUGAGCCUUAAAAGAUUCUCAUGUCCUAUCACUAAUGAAAAAAUUAUAAAGUUCAACUAUGGUGUUUAGGUGAACGGACAUCUCCCCACAAGAGGUAAUUUAAUAAGGCUUGCUUUUCCUGAGCCUUACUGCCAAGAAUUUGCAAGCACCUCUAAAUAAAUUUGAAUAAAGAAGAAAUAAUUAAAUAUACAUAUAUAUAUAUAUAUAUAUAUAUGUAAUUGCUGUAUGUUGUUUCAAACCUUAUUUAUUUGUUAAUUUCUCAAACUGCUAUUUUAUUGCCUUUAUUUUGUUUCAUGUCUUUAUUUAUGGAAGAAAGAAAUAUGUUUAAAAAAAUAUAUGUAAUCUAUAUCAAUUAAUUGAUCAUUUAUUUUUUUGUACGCACAUAUUAAAUGUUAAAAUUCAUAUACACUUUAAAAUUGUAUGCGGCUUUUACCACCGCAAGAGGUAAUUUAAUAAAGGGGGAAUGUAUAUUUGCAGUAGUUGAAUUUUAAUGGAAGGCUGAUAGGAGAAAAACUUUUUUUCCGAAGGACUUUGUCAGUUUUUAUAUUUUGUUCAAAAUUACAGUAUGAUAUAUGGUGUUUUUUAUUACAAGCACAAACAUCUGGAAGUAAACAGGUUCAUGUGAAUAUUUAAACUUUAGAAUUUUAGAGUUUUACACAUUACACUGUACAGUGACAGAAAUCGCGCUUGUAGUUAUCCAGUGUUCUAGAGCAAAAAUCAGUGUAUAUAUAAUUUUAGUGCUUUUGUCAGCAUUUCUUUCUAUGAUAUUUGGUAGUUAUGCACAGGGAUUCUUGCACAUAAAAUCUGGCAGCACCAGCGGCUGCACUCAUAAUAAAAUUGCAAUUAUAAGUAGAAAUUGUAUUAUAAAUUGAAGUAUCACAUGCAGAACAUUUUAAUUUUAUACUUUGCUCUGAGGCUAUAUUAUCAUUUGUUUAUUUACUUCAUGUAUUGAAAAAUUCCUGUAUUGUUUACUACAUGGUGAAAUAUAUUUUUAUAAAUA